AAGUGUGUCUGAACCCUCCUUUGACGUCUAGUCUAUCUGUUGGGGUGCACGCGGAUUGACCACUCCUUUGGGCUUGAUUGGUGGAUAAUAGUGGGGAAAACUAAUCCACAACCAUGACUGAUGCGCAGCAGGAGGCCCGCUCCUACCUGAGCGAGGAGAUGCUCGCCGAGUUCAAAGCUGCCUUCGAUAUGUUUGAUACCGACGGUGGCGGCGAUAUCAGCACCAAGGAGUUGGGUACCGUGAUGAGGAUGUUGGGUCAGAAUCCAACCAGAGAGGAGUUAAAUGAAAUCAUUGAGGAGGUCGAUGAGGACGGCAGCGGUACUAUUGACUUUGAGGAGUUCUUGGUCAUGAUGGUGAGGCUCCUAAAGGAGGACCAGGCUGGCAAGAGUGAGGAAGAGUUGGCAGAAUGCUUCCGUGUGUUUGACAAGAACGCCGACGGCUACAUUGACAGAGACGAGUUUGCCGAGAUCAUCCGCAGCACUGGCGAGGCUAUCACAGAGGACGAGAUCGAUGAGCUGCUGAAGGAAGGAGACAAAAACGCAGAUGGCAUGCUGGACUUUGAUGAAUUCCUCAAGAUGAUGGAGAAUGUGCAGUAAAACAGAGACUCAUGGACAUUCCUCUACCCUUUGACCCCCCUGUCAACUCAACCCCAUCCCCUCAAACUCACUCAUGACCCCUUACCAUCUGGUCCGUUGCCUCUCAUCGUCCAACUUGACAACUAUGCCGCUUCAACAGACAUACAGACGAACACCCGAAUAAGGUCUGCUAAGGUGCAACACAUGAUGCUCAUACUCCAGGGAGAACCCUGCAUGUUUCUGCAAGAGCACAAGAGCCAAGCAGUGGUGUGUGGUUUGCAGCACCAUUAUAUUACUUUGCGAAAUAGAUCAACAGCUCAUACUGUGGUAGACCGCACAUGGCUGGGAGUUUUAGUCUACAUUUAGACUAGAUCAGCAGCUUGUUAUCGCUGCCUAGACCAAUGCUAAAACCUCUUACACGUCACCAUAUUUAAACAAAUGCUUGAAAGAACGGAAUAAAAAAAUAAAACACAUGCUCGUAUUUAGUUGGUCUGAUGUUUGUAAGUUUUUGUUUUGAGGAGGUUGCCAAUAAAGCUUUUUUUCUUUUUUUC